AUGGAGUUUUCCUUUGGAAAAGAUGAUGUUGAAGAUGGACGUCAUGAUGCAAAGAAGGCUUUGCAGUUCAUUCAAAAAGUCCAAGCAGUUCAUCAGGAAGUAGAAGCUCAGUUGGAGAAGAGCCAAGCCAAAUACAAGGCUCGACAUGACAAGCAUUGCAUAGAUCAUCAUUUUCAGGUUGGCAACCGUGUUUGGUUACAUAUCAGCAAGGAAAGGAUGCAAGGUGAAGGUAAGAAGCUUAAGUCUAUCAGAUAUGGUCCCUUUGAGAUCUUGGAAAAGAUUGGUACCAAUUCCUUUCGCCUGAAUCUUCCUCCAUAUAUGCAAAUUUACUUAGUUGUAAAUGUCAAAAAUUUGAAGUUGUAUGUGCCUCCAAUGAUAUUGGAUGAAGAGGUCGAUGUCCAGGUUCCUUCUAUUGAUGACCUUUCCUUGAGUAUAUGUCAGAGAUGGAGGUUGAAAGAGUGA